AUGGCUUCGUCGCUGACCCUCAACCGAUACCUCUCCUCUCGUUGGGGAAGAAUAAGCGUUGGUGCUACAGCGCUGGGCUUACUGUGGCUACUUGCGCAUCAGGGCUAUGGCACGUCACUAUACCUUGGCUCGAGCGAGGCGUUACCACCUGGCCCCCCCUUCGACUUUGGACCCAUGAAAGCAGACCCACAGGCGCAAGAACUGGGCUUCCCGUCAUAUGAAGAUAUUUGGCAGUUUGAGAGGAAGCUGGGCCAGCAUUUCCAACCAAACAGGUUUACGGAGCCGCAUCCUAGACCAAGGUAUCUGUUCGUUCGGGAUAUAGACCCGGGCUCUGGCUGGAAUAAUGUUAUGCAAGAAUUCUUACUACACGCACACCUUGCAACACUAUCCGACCGAUCCAUGGUCUUCCACCCUUUCACUCCUCGAGACCACGCGCCUUUACCAGACACAUUGCCAUCAGGCGACCGACAUCACAUAAGGAUCCCCCUCAAUGCUAUCAUAUCGGGUGCUUCAACUGGUGCCCCAUUACUCCCAGACGCGAGCGACCGCAUGAUCCGACGAGCAGUCAGCAUAGAGUACUUCAACGCUGUUUGCGGCGAGCAACGGAAAGAAAUCGGCUACAAUGAUGUGAUGCAUGGUUUCGCGAUGGAUGAUGAGCGGGAAGGGGACGAGCGAAUGAUGCGGUGGGCCAAAAAGCUGAAGAACAUGGAAGACCGAUGCGUCGUUGUGACUGGCGGGUCCAUAUUCCCUUGGUGGUUUACUGGUGGUUUCAAAGUGCUGAGCAUAUGGCCAGCAUACAGCAACGGCUCUACGUUACGCGAAUUUGCGUGGUCGCCACUCGUCACGAAGACCAUUCACGACCAUUACCAUCUUCUAACGCCACCUUCACCGCCACCGGCAAUCCCACCAUAUCUCCAACCGUCUUCUUCUCCUCCAGCACGACAUUCUUACAACGCGUUCCAUCCUUUGCGCGCUGAUGCUGCCCCCAUACCCGGCCUGCUCGCAAUUCAUGUCCGUAGAGGCGACUACGAGGGCCACUGUCAUUUCCUCGCUGAUGUCGGCAGCGAAUACACAACAUUCGACAAAUUUGGCACGCCUGGAAUAAAAGUGCCCCCAGAAGCGGGCACAGGCUACCCCGGCGACCCCAAUGCUGGUCCGGAAGCAGGCUUCAUUGGCAGCGCGAUACCCAAAGGCUACAAAUACCCGGCACUCCCUGACUAUCUGUCGGUGCCAAAAGGAGAGGGCAAGAAAGAAGCAGCGUUGGCGCACUGCUGGCCGUCAGUUGCCCAGAUCACGAAGCGCGCAAACGACAUUCGGAAGGGAGCGUCAGAGUCGAGAUGGGGGCUGAGCAAGCCGCAGGAGCUGAGGAGUGUUUAUAUAUCGACGAAUGGGAAGGAAGACUGGGUUAAAGAGUUGGCAGAUGCGCUCAAGAAGGACGGCUGGGAGCGGGUGGCCAGCUCGCUGGACUUGGCGUCGGGGGGAAAGAUGUCGAGAGAAGCGUUGACGGUCAGCCAGGCUGUUGACCAGGGAAUUAUGGGUGCGGCAGAGAGCUUCAUUGGUGUAGGGUUCUCAUCAAUGACGGGCAAUGUCGUGCAGGUACGGCUUGGGGGUGGGAGAGAGCCAGGAUCUAUUCACUUCUGGUAA